GGAGAACAGAGCUGCAGCAGCAGGGAGACACUCGGACUGAGGAGGAGCGGGACGGUGGACUUUUCUCCUCUUUACAACAGAGAAACACAAACUUGGGGAUUCCGCUGCAGGAGCUGAAAGUCAGAGAGGAAGGACGGACAGACGGGUCAACAUGGCUUCUCUCGUGAACUCUGCGUGUCUCCUCUUCUUGCCUGUUGCUCUGCUGCUCAUGCUCAGCCCGUGUCCUGUGGCUGCAGCUUCAGCCAGAAGGUGUCACUCCAUCUAUAAGGGUUUCGCUCAGUGUCUGAUGUCUCUGGGCGACAGUCUGACGGACAGCGCCCGCAAAGACGAGGACACGCACGAGAUCCACUCCAUCUGCAGGUCGUGGGAUGAGUUCCAUGACUGUGCCAACAUGGCGAUGGCCGGCUGUCCAGAGGAAGCGGCGGCCGUCUGGGAGUCCCUCCGCCAGGAAUCCAAAAAGAUGCAGUUCUCCGGAAACCUCUACGACAUGUGCUCCGACCGAAACAGCUACCCGGUCUCCUCGGCCUCCUCCCGCGGCUCAUCCAACCAGGAGGGGAUCAACCAGGAGUCUCUACGAGGACGCGGCGAGCGUCUGGCAGAGCGCCGCCACCUCCUCGUGCUACUCGCUCCUCUGCUGCUCUCGUUGUUUUGGAUAUAACCAACUCAAAGAAGUGGGACUGAUGUGAAUAGAUGUAAACUUUGUGUAAUUUUCCUCCCUCCACGAGUCCAUAGACUUUCCACGGUUUCUCCCUCUGCUCUGCCAGAGGGUGAAUACUUCUAACUGCAUGUUCAGAGGCCUGACAGUCCUUUUGAUAAUGUAUCUUUAAACUGCCUGUGCUGUUUUCAUGCAUAUUCUCUGCCUUUAAAUUAGUCUCUCUGUUUGAAGUUCACACAAAAUUCAUACAGAGCCACACAGCCACUGUACAAACAGACCCGCAAACACAUGCAUAGUUAAACAGAUGCAAACAGCAGCCUCGUGUCAUCUGUCCUCGUCUCCGCGGCCCCGACAUCUAUCCAGUAGGAGCUUGUACUUGAAGGUUCCUGCAGGAGAAAGUCACAGAUUUAAUCACAUUGACUUCAUGAACCUGAAAACUAAAGCGUCAUGAGAUCAUAUCCCAAGACCAGCCCCAGCUAAACAUCUAUUUUUAUCUCGAACUCUUUGAUAAACGGCAAAUCUAACGUACUUGCCUUGUUUGAUCAUUGUAGUUCGACUCGGUGGAAGCUGAGUCUCCUAUUGAUUAACUCUUGCUUCAUUUUCCUCUCUGGUCUCCGAGAGCCGCCUCCGUCAAAGCUCCCGUUUCCCAAAAUAAUCUAUUCAACAAAAUGCACUUCCGCUAUGAGGUAGUUUCUCCAGAUUGAAAGUUGGUAACGUUGCGGGGGAGGGGGUCCUGUGAGACACGUAAUUUAUCUGCAAUGUAUGAAAACAUUAACAUUUAUUUCAUCUGUUAAUUCGCUGAACUUUAAAGUCUCAUCACUCUGCACAGAGCCGACGUCUUGCUGCAACAUUUUGUUUCUUCAGUGGAUUUUUACGCCACGAAUCUGUUUCCAUUGCAAUGUGUCGCAUUUUGCUUCAGGGGCCGAUUCUUCGGAGGCUGCGUUUGAAGGUCGAAUGUGUGACAGCGGCGCAACUAGACCGUCCCAAUCUGAAGGCUGCAUCUCGGCCACCGUGCAUUAAGCCCUAAGAGCUAUUGUGUGUUCAAACAGUCGAGUGUUUUUCUAAAUGUACGAUAUCUUAGCUAAUGCACACAGAGAACCCGAAUUUGGCUUUGGAAUUUAAAUGUUUUUGCUUUUCGCUGUUUUUGAGAAACAUCAUCUGAGGAAAAUGAAAAACCCAAAUCAUCGGAACAUCAACAAUAGCUCCUGCAGUUUGGUUUCGUACUGAACAAAAGAAGCGUUUCACCGCAGGAGUAAAGUUGAGAUGUGACUUGUAGUAGGUGUAUUUUUUUAUCAUUUAAAAUACAACAAUGAGCUCUGUGUGAACUGAAGAGGAUUUAUUAUUUGCUUGGAGAAAAGAACACGAGCAGCUGCUGCAGCAACAUGAGUUCUGGGCUGAAGUUGAAGGGGAGUCAGAGUUUGCUGCGGCUGUUUUUAUUUGGUGCUUGCCCAGGUAUGAAAUCCUCCGGGGCUCCUCCUUGGCAUCCUGCACGGUAGCCACACAGUAUGGAACCAAUAUGUUGUCCAGGCCGAAUCACAGUCCUCACGCACACGCCAAGUGUAUUUCAUGCUCCACGAGUCGCAGUUUGGCCCCGCAGGCUCGUCGCUCCGCUUGUUCUUCUACGUGGCUGCAGGUAACAGUUGUUUCGUUCUGGCCCGGGAUCAGAAUUCUCUCAGAUCAGAGAGAUGGAGAUGGAGAGAGAUGAGUGCACCUGGAAAACAAACAGCGCUCUGCCUCGCUGACGACUGAAUCCACCUGUCUAGCAGAGUGUUCUACACCAGGGGCUCUAGGCUGCAGGUUUUCUUACUUCACAGAAAAAAAAGAAAUCAAACUCGGGGCCAACUUUAAAGACUCGCACUUUGCUGUGAAGACGCACAAAACAAAAUCCUCAAAGGCUGCAACAGUGCGCUGACUUUAGGAGGGAUGGAGAUAAAAUAACAUUGAUUAGACUUGAGAUUCAAAGAGUCAUGAUUCACCUGUAGAACUGCAGGAGCUGAAAUAAAUGAUGAGGUACAGGAAGCUGAUUUCAAGACAGUUGUAUACAUUAUUUCUCGUUUUUCUUUUUCGGGACGUCAAUGUCAAAAACUUUUCUUAUUCUCUCCACAUAGAAUCCUAAAGAAUUUAAAAUUUUAAUAGAAUUUUAAAGCGACACUACGCAACUUUUUACCUGAAAACAGCAUCUUUAUUAAAAUGAGUUUGAUGGUUGAGUGACUGGGAAUAUUGGAGAAAGUUUCCUCUCUCAUUCCCACUCCUCAAAAUGGUCGUAUUCCGCAUGUCUGUUUAACUCACACACCUGUAGGAAUUAUUCUCUCAAAUUCGGAGACUUGCACCUGCAUGAACGUUCCAAAAAUAAAUAAAGCUGCAGGAGAAUAACGACAGAAAACACUGUGAGUGAAAUAUAUCUGCAGGUUUAAAGGUCCUGAGCAGAAAUAAAGAGCUUUCAAAAUGAGCAGAAAAAGCUUCAGUCAGCCGCAGCAAUUUAUUUAUAAUAUUUUUUUUACAUGAGGGGCAUCUCCCAGGACAUGCUCGGAUGGUUUAAAGAGCCUGCUGUAGUUUUGAACUUUAAUUAAACUGGCAGAAUUAGCAAUUAGAGGCCCCGGCUGCUGAAUCACCGAGAUACAGCCACUUGAAAACCAUCUCCACGGAGCUGGGAUAAUGGGUCCUCACUGGAGGCUUCAUCUGCGUACGUCACACGUUUGAGGCUGCGGAGACAAAUCAGCCUGGAUGUGUUUGUGUGUAAACCCAGGCCUGUCGAGACGCCACCACGGUGUUUUAUAGGAAUAUAACUCACUCAGAUUAGAUUUUAAAGUCUACUUUGUGCAGAGGUGAUGCCUUCAUUGAGGUCGGGGAAAAAAACCCACAAUAGAACUCGUGAAAUUGCUGUUAUGAGAAGAUAUGUUUUAUGUAAGCUAGGUGGACAAAUCUGAUUUCACAGUUGGUUUUCAAUAACGUGGCAGUGGAAAUGCAACGUUAUUGACCAGAGCAGAGCGGGGAAUUAUUCUCCAGCGCCGCGUUUGAGACUGAACAUCUCUUCGCCUCCAGCAACAACUUUGUGCUCUGACAAAUUGGAUAAAUUGGACCGAAAGGACUGCAGGAGAAAGAGAAAGAGUCUGAGGCACCAGUACGUCAUUGUCACAUUAAUGGUGCAGAACAUUUGGUCUUAUUACUGUGAAGAAAUAACACUGCAAUGACUGGAAGAGUUUUUAUUAGAAAUCAUAAUGCAUAAGCCUUUGGUUGUGUUACAUGCAACAAAAUUCUCCCCCUUCCAAAUUACUCUUUUCCUAUUUUCUCUGGUGUAGAAGAUUUUUAAUCUAUCUUCACAGAUUCAGAUUAUUGAGAGAAAACAGGCUCAGAGUGAUCGAGAGGUGAUCUAAUCGUCCAGAUGUCCCAGUUUUCCAGCAGCACUUAAACGCAGCACGCAUUUGUGAAUCCCUGAGGAAAAAGAGUCUCAAAGUUCACACGCACCUGUAAACGGAUCCGUGCACGUGCAUUUAUCAAUCUGCCCAUAGACUGUGAAAUGAGAUGAGUUCUAAAGAUGGACGACACAUCUCUUCAUCCCAUUAUCUAGACAUGAAGCCAGAAUGUCCUGGAUGCUGGAGCUGCCAUCUCGGAUCAAUGACGAGUCUGUGCAGUGGUGAUCGUAUUCACUCACUCGACCAAUCGUGUGUCUCUCUCAGCUGUCAAUCAGGGCGUUUCACCCCGUAUAUUAAAUCAUAAAAUAACUAAUUAAAACCAAACUUAUCAGAAACUUGAACAUAACGGUGAAAAGAACCAUCUUAAACGAGAUGAACCAUCUUUGAGAAAAAAUGAUUCAACGUGUAAUCUGACUUUUUAGUUUGGUCUGUGUCCCUAAUGCUAACGUGGAGGUUUAUGACCUCUACUGUAGCCAUCCACCAGGGGGCGAUCAAGACUUCACUUUUGUGGCGCUGCCAUGUCGUCCAUCUUUAUUAGUGUAGCCGCAACAACACUCAUUCAGCUGCACUGUGCUCGAAUCCAGGUCUGUUUUUUCUGUUAGUAAUCACAGAACCCUCCAACUGAGCUUCAGGACGUUUGAGUAAACACGAGUUUACGUUGUCGGAACGUAGCCGAUAGCAACGAGACUUUGACGUUUUGACCUGAGGUUUAAGUGGAGCAGCGAGGAUCAGAACUCCAGAGAAGAACAACGAGCCGUCGCCUGAGAGCCGCGCUCACGCACUCGCCUCCAGCAAGAUGCUGCGAGCACAAGCGUGUUUUUAGACUCAAAGUUCAACUCCCCGUUUUAAUUUCUCAUGAGACGAAAGAGAAAUUACUAGAGACUGAGAACUCAGGAAAAUAAAGUACGAGUACAAGAUAAGUACAGCUCUGACCUACAGUAUAUACAUCACAGAUAAUGCAGUUUGGGAAGAUUGAGGAGGGUGAUUAUAGGAAAUUAUUCCACUUGCUCCCUUUUAAUCUCACAUUUAUUACCUAUUUAGAGGGAGAAUAUUAGUAUUCAAAUGAAUCUAAAUUCCUCCUUGCUUCAUUAAACACACACACACACACACAUACACACACACACACACACACACACACAAACACACACACACACACUUUCACUGCUCAAUAAACGGAAACUUACCGGGCGUCUUGAAAAUCACUGUUUUACGACAGGAAACGAGCAGAUUGACUGAGAGUCGUUGCAUCACUGUGUAUAGUGUGAAUAACUACAGCUCUAUGAAUAUCACUGUAUAUAGAAGUAUGUCACGUGUAUAUAGACAAGGUCAUAUAUACCCUGCAAGUGCUACUUUUAAAGCUUUAACGUUUUACAUUAGUUGUGCUUCACACCUCGUCCACAUUAUUCCUAUUCCCCUGCUUCACUGUGUGAGUUGUGAGACGUUUGGUUGUUUCUGUCCCUGAACCAGUUUCUGUUGUUGUCUCUAAGUUUAAUUUGAAUAAUGUGAUCAAACACGUAACUUCUCCUGAGGAAGACCAGGAGGACGACCGGCAGAACUUAAAGAUAAUUGGGCAGAUUUUAGACCCAACUUCCCGAUUAGAGGUCGAAACCGAUCAUCGGCCCAAAUAUUCCUGUGUGUGAGGGGUUUACAAAAUAUAUAAAUAAAUAAUCUUUGUGCUAGCGAUUGUGUCGGAGCCUCCCCAUUGAUAUUUACGAUUUUCAGCUUCAACGGAAAACUG